AUGGGCUCUGUGGGCCGAGGAUACAGUGUGGCCCUGCUGCUUCGGGGUCGAGAAACAGAGGCACCCCGCCUCGUGCCUCAGCUGCUGCAGAUGCUGUUUGAGGAAGCUCUGCUUCUUGGAGGCUCUGAUCCUGUGCUUAGUACUCUUAGCCUGGUGCAGCUCGGCCCCAGCAGGAGGACUCGUGACCUGCUGUCUCCAAGGGCAGAGAACCUGUCGGUGCUGGCUGUGGCCCCUCUAGGCUUGGUGGUGCAAGACGCCAGUGAAGUGCAGGUGUCCGACCCAAGCGCCGCCUCAGAACUGUACCUGCGGGCCACAGCGGGUGCAGGAGGAGACUGCCCCCUGCUGCAGGUGUUGGCUGGCACGGCUGUCAACGAGGAGGUGGAGGGCUCUCUGCCCUGGAUUGUCUCAUGGCUCCUGGAAGGAAACAACUACAGUGGCCUUCUUCUUCGCGUGGACCCUCAAGGCAACUCCCUGAGCUUGCUCCAGGCUGCCCUCUUGGGGGCCUCGAGAAGGAGGAUGCAGGUAAAACAGGUGAAGCCCACCCUGUGGGAUGCAGCGGAAGAGGCCCGAGCCCGCCGGGCUGGCCUGAAGAGCCUGCGUUCAGGCCUCCUUGGGGUCCCGCUGACAGACGGGCGGCUCAGCCAGCUGGGCAGGGCGCUGCGGGAGUUGCAGGUGGUAAAGGCCUGGAGCCAGCACCCAGGCAGCCGCUUGCGCAAAGGGGUCAAAGCUGAGACUGCGGUGCAACCAGAACCACAGGCCCCAGAUAUGGCCCUGCAGUUCUUCCUGGCUCAGACCCGGAGGCAGAGACUGCGAGAACAGCACCAGCUUUGGAUCCAAGAGGAACUGAAGCGCUUGGAACAGGAGGAGGCAGGUGACCAGGUCAAAGGCCUGGUGGCAGGAGAGGAGGUGAGGAGGGGCCAGAGACAGCACCGUGAGCAGGCAGCGCUGAGACUGCAGCUGGAGGCUCUUCAGGCGGAGCGGGACGCUGCGGAGCAGGACCUGCUAGCCCUCUAUGACCUGCACGUGAAGGCCACUCGAGCUCAGACAUGCCACUUGCUACAGGUGUUUCGAGCGUGGCGGGCGCUGUGGGAGGAACGGACCACGACCGCAGAGCAUCACCACCGCCGCCUGCUGGCUGGCAUCCUGCAAGACACCAUCACCCUGGCUGCACAGAACCGGGAGCUCCGAGCCCAGAACCAGGAGCUCCGAGCCCAGAACCAGCAGUCUCAGCAGGUUGCAGACUAG